UUUCCGCUUACAAUAGCUUCUCGUAGCCAAUCGUAACAGUCAAUUUCUCAGCAUAAAUAAAACUUUCUAACAUCCGUUGGCCACUUUUUAUGAGGAUGAAAUCUUGCUUAAAGUAAUCAUUUGAUUUAAAAUCUUGAAGAAGUCUCGACAAUUCCAAGCGACGUACAAUCAAUCAGUGAUCCAAGGCCCUCAGUUGUACAGUGGAAUAUGAAUAACACGUCUAGCUACAACAAGGUGCAAGAGCCGUUGAAACCCCGUUCAAGCGUAGAACUCAUUACAUUGUCACUGUCCCUAGCCCUGAUCAUCGCAUUAAGUGUCUUUGGAAACUUAUUAUUGAUUCUCUCAAUUUUCAAAAACGAACGCCUUCGAGCCAGCUUUGCCAACAAACUCAUCCUAAGCUUGGCCAUUGCAGAUUUUUUAACCGCCUCAUUUCCCAUGAGCUAUCAGCUGGCUACCGUCGUUAAUGUCAACAUCAUCAGCAAUGGUGGAGUUGUUUGUACCAUAGGGGGACUUGCAACCUAUUCUUUCUUCUUUACUUCGACUUUUACAAUGAUAAUGCUGUGUAUCGAUCGUUUUGUUGCCCUUGGAUAUCCGUUGCAUUACAAUCUUCGCAUCACUUCUAGAGUGAAGAUCUUCAUGAUCGCCUACCCUUGGGUUCAUGGGUCACUUUUUGCAAUACUUUGUGGUUCACUUCUUGACAUUAACUUUGACCCGAAAGGAUUGGACUGCGGAUUGGGUUGGCAUAAACGUCCUAUGGCUUUCACCCUGUCUGUCUUGAUGAUUCAUGUUGGAAUGCCGUUUGUUUUGUUGCUUGUUCUCAAUACUCGUACUCUGUUUUUGGUCCGUGCUCAAAACAGACAGAUUCUUCAUUACGAUAAGAAAGGAAUGACAGACAAGUCUGGUGUAAUUAACAUCAGGGCAAAGGAUGCCUACAGAAAGAGAGCAAAAAUUGAAUUUAAACUAGCCAAAGUUUCCAUCACAAUCGUCUUUGUCUUCCUCGUAUGUUGGACCCCGUAUGUAGUCACCAGGUCACUCGUCUUUAUGGGACUCAAGCUCUCCACAGGAAUUCUGUCAGCUGGAGCCUGGGUCGUGCAUGCGUCGUCGUUUGCAAAUCCUCUUAUUUACUCGUCCUUGAGAGUAGAUUUACGUCAAGCGAUGCGUAAUGUUUUUCUAAGGCACAAAGUGAGACAAUCAAAUGCGUCUGUUAUUGAACUUGAAAACUUUACUGCGAAGCGUGCAGGCGAACAAUUAUCGGCCUCUUUUGAUUCCGCACAUAAAAGAUCGCCUCAUGCAACAAAACUAAUGUUAGGUUUAGACAACUGAAUUGGGAAACAAAUAUAAGCUAAAUUCCAGUUUGAUCCUGUGAUUAGCCGAAGGUGUGGAAUGGGUUCAACACUGACGAUUGGCCCAAGAAUUAAUAUUCAACUGAACGCUAAAAAUUAAAGGUUUUUGAAGGUUGAAGGAACGAAAUUACUAGGUACUAUGAAGGCCUUCAUAUUUGAAACUUGGACUUUUUUAUUAUUAUUAGAU